AUGGCGACUAGGGUUUUGGAGAAGGCGACUAGGGUUUUUGGGGAGGAGAGUCAGGAUGCAAGUAUGGAAGAAAGCGGGCGUCCGCCGGGGGUAGGGCUGAUACCGUUAUUGACGUAUGCGGAGAAGGUGCAGAGUAGUGCGGGGGGCGGCAGACCAAUCCCCGAGAAAGUUUUGGAUGAGGAGUUCGUCGCCUCACGGAUGAGGCUAGAAUUCCCGAAUGGAGACGAUGGGGAAGGUGUGGUGACGAUUGGGCAGGAGGUGAUAUCGGCUAUGACUAGUCUAUGGAAAAACUGCAUGAUCGUGAAAGUAUUAGGGAGGAAUGUUCCGUUGGCGCCGCUACUCAGGAAGUUGCGUGAGUUAUGGGCACCAAAGGGAGGGAUGACGGUGAUUGACCUACCGCGUCAGUUCUUUCUUGUCCGUUUUGAGCUGGAAGACGAUUAUAUGGGAGUUGUCACAGGAGGACCAUGGCGUUUGUUUGGGAGUUUGCUUAUGUUCCAAGCAUGGUCACCGAGUUUUAACCCGAUGCAGGACGAGAUCGAAACUACGCCGGUGUGGGUCCGGAUUUCGAAUCUUCCGGUACAUUACUAUCAUAAAACCAUACUGAUGGGGAUUGCAGAAGCGUUAGGCAAACCUUUGAGGGCGGACUUGACAACGCUUCAGGUGGAGAGGGCUAGGUUUGCAAGGGUUUGUAUUGAGGUUAACUUGAAGAAGCCGUUGAAAGGUUCAGUCAUGGUGAAUGGGGAGAGAUACAUGGCAUCGUAUGAGGGCUUGAAUACUAUAUGUUCAUCGUGUGGAAUUUAUGGGCAUUUAGCGAGUGUAUGUCCAAAACGAUUAACGGAGAGUGUUUCUCAGCUACGGGUCCAACAUGAAGAGAAGCAAUCGGGAGGAAGGGGGACGGUGACGGAUGCUCAGGGGUUUACGGUUAUCCGUCGGACGGGUCCUAGGGCUUUGGCGGCGGAGAGGACAGGUGGGAUCGGAUCGGGUGAAUCAGACAAGGUCCAAGAAAGGAAUGCGGGGGAGAUUCGGCAGAGUCCAAAUUCUGGAAAGGUUCCCAUUUCGAACAGCUUUAGUGGUCUGACUACGGAUUCGGUGGCGGACCAAGUUAUGACAAGUAUGGAAGUGACGGUGCAUAAUAAGGAAAAUGUGAAUAUGGAGAAUAUCCCGACAGUAGUAAUGAGGAGUGAUCUCGGGAAGGGAAGUAUAAAAACAGGGCGGGAGCUUCGGGUCCAAAGCGGAAAUCGUGGGGGAGGGGUGAUGAAGAAAACUAAUGGACCGAAAGGUGGUAAGGGUAUUGGGCCGAGAAGCACAAGCCUGUUAGGGAACAGGCCCACUAGGGGGUUGAUUUUUGGGCCUGUUUUAGGAGAGCAAAGUUUGGCUGCUUCGGGGAAGCGAUUAAGGUCGGAGCAAGCGGAUAUUGGCAGGGAUGGGGGUGUGUCUACGUCGGCUUGGAUGCCUUCCGGGAACAUUGCUCAGCCAAGGGUUGUUGAAGCCUCGACUAGUCCUGGGACCGAUGAGGCAGUGGUGCAAGAGGAGACCCUCCUCUCAUCGAGUGUGACGGGUAGUUUGAUGGCUUUAGAUGGGUCCAUCAAGGAAUGCUAA